AUGUUUAAAAAAGGUCUAAAAAAUAAAAAAAAAAUAAAAUGCAAAACAAAAAAACAAGCAAACGAUUCGUUUUGUGAUUCAGUAAUAUGUCCUGAGGAAGAUAUGGUUGACAUAUUAAGACAAAAAGAGAAUUCAAACAGUGAAAAUUUAAACAAAGAAAAUUUAAACAAAGAAAAUUCAAACAGUGAAAAUUUAAACAAAGAAAAUUUAAACAAAGAAAAUUUAAACGAAGAAAAUUUAAACGAAGAAAAUUGUUUUUUAGAAAAACGAACUGAUGAAAAUGAGAAUAAAGAAAUUAUAAAUUCAAAUAAAUAUAUAAAUAAUGAAUGCGAUAAAAAAUUAUUAUCUCCAAAUAAAAUAUGUGAGAAAGAAAUUAACGAAAUAAAUCAUAAACAUGUUCUAGAAAAUUUCCAAAAUAUAAAUGUUAUGAAUAUCAGUGAAAAUGUAGAUUCCAUUUAUGAAAAAAAUAAUAAUAAUAAUAAUAAUAUUAAUUAUAUAGAACCCAUUAAAAAUGAAAAAAAAGAAUACCAAAUUUGUAAUUCAAAUUCUAGUCUUUUAAAAGCUGCUUCGGAUAGUAGUAAUAUAGACGAACAAACACACAAAAAUAAUGAUAAUUAUAAAAAGGAGCUAUCUACAAUACUUAAUGAUGAAGAAAUCAUAGCUUAUUUAAAAUUAAAUAAUAAAAACGAUAUAGAUGAAAAAACAAAUUAUCUAUUCCCGUCAAUAGAUAUAGAUCAUAAAUCUUAUUCAUAUCUUGAAGAGGGACAAGAUGAUUAUCUCAUUGAAAUGGAUAGAAAAAUUGACAAAGAAAUUGAAAAUUUUCAAAACACAUUUAAUCAUUUUUAUAAUUUAGAUAAUACAAAUAAUAAAUUUGAUUAUAAAAAUAAUAAUAUUAAUAAUAAUAAUAAUAAUAUUAAUAAUAAUAAUGAUAAUAAUAAUAGUAAUAAUAAUAAUAGUAAUAAUAAUAGUAAUAAUGAUGAUAAUAAUUUGGAUGAGAAAAAUAAUUAUAUAAACGAACAAAAUAAAGAAGAAAUAACAAAAAACCUAAAUAAUAAGAAUAUAUUAAAUACUUAUGAAAAUAAUGUCGAAAAUAAUAUGCUUUUUAAAAAAAUAAAUGAUACAUAUGUUGUACCAAAAGGACAAAAUAAAAAUCAUAAUUUUACAUAUAAAUUAAAAAAAAAAAUAUAUGGAAAAAUACAAAUACAAAAAAAAUGUUCACAUUCCACAACAAAAACAAGACAUUAUACUUUAUUAAAUAAUCUAUUUAAUAUAAAAAAUAAAAACAUUUUACACUAUAAAAAAUUACAGAAACCCUUAAAAAAAAAAAAAAAGAAAUAUUAUAUAUUCCCCUAUAAUUGGGGGAAUACACAAAUUCAACUGAUAACAGGAUAUAUUAGAUGUUUCAAAAAAUAUUCUUUAUAUAAAGAAUUUAAAAAACAUAUAAUGUUGAAAAAUCAAAAUAGAAAUAAUGAACAAAAGAAAAAAUUAAAUCAUAUAUAUAAUAUGCAAAAUGAAUUCGAAAUUUCCUCAUUGCUUUGUGUGAAUGUUUCUAAUUGUAUAUCUCCCUCUGAAUUUUUGGAACUCUUUUAUCCUUAUGAUAAGUUUAUAUUCUUUUUAAAAGUAUUAAAUAAAAAAUGUAAUGAAGAAUAUAUGAUUUAUUUUUUAACAUUUCAUAUAUAUGUAAAACAAAUAAUGAAAAAAUCUCGCACACUUACUUUUUUUAAUAUGAAAAAAAAAAAAAGUGUAAAAUUAUAUCUUGUGAAAGAUAUUACAAUGAAUAGAAUAUCUUGUAUAAAUAAAAAAAAAAAAAAAAAAAAUAUUAUAAUUAAUACGGACCCAUUUUCUCACCACAAUGAAAAAAAAAUAUAUAAUAGAAUAGAAGAUUCAUCAUUAGCAUAUUAUCAUAUGAAUACCAAAUUAUAUGAAAUGCGAAAGAAAGUAUUUAUUAAUCCAUUAUAUAUUAUUUCUCAAAAUAAAUUUCAACUUUCAUGUGCAGUUUGUUUAGAACCUUUAUAUUCAGAAAAUUUGAGUAAAAUUAUAUCCUACAUAUUUCAUAAUCAUUUUGAAAAAACUAAAAAGUUAACCGGAAUCACAAAAAAAAAAGAUGGAGAUAAUAUCAUAACAAUAGAGAAGGAUAAAAAUAUUCCUUCAACAUUAAAAGUUAAAUAUAUGUAUGAAAAAAUGGAUACAACAAAUUUUAAAAAUAAAGAAAAUCUUAAUGAUUCAUUAACAUUUGAAAAAAAAUAUGACGAUAAUAAGGAAUUAUUUAAAAACGUAACAACUGAUGACAUAUUAAAUAAAGAAAAUACAUGUAAAGAAGAAUUGGACUACAAUAAAGAAUUUAAAAAUUUUAAUAAAAAAAAAUAUGAUUACUAUUUACAUGUUAUACGCUAUAUUAGUUCAAUACAAAAUAAAUAUGAUAACGAAAUUAAAAAUAAGUGGAAGAAAAAUCAAAAUAAUGUAGACACCAUAUAUGAAAAUAAUAAGGUGUAUAAUAAUGUAUGUAUUAAUAUACUUUGUGGUCAUAUAUUUCAUUCAAACUGUUUAAAAAAAUGUUGUUUUACCUCUUGUCCUAUAUGUAGAUAUAAACAAUAUAAUUAUCAAAUAGCUAAUUGUGACAUUUGUGAAAAAAAUAAAAAUGUAAAAAUAUGCUUAUUCUGUUGUUUCAUUGGCUGUUCUAUAAAUUAUGAACAAAAAAGUAAAAUAAAAGAAAAAAAAUUAAAAGAAAAACAUAAAUUUAUUAAAAAGAAAUUAUAUAUUGUUAAAAGAAUUUUAUAUAUUUUUAUAAAAAUUGUAUAUCCUUUUUUACAAAAAAGUCAUCAAAUAUAUCUACAUGGAAAAUGUAAUAUGAUUCAACAGGUGGAAAAAAAAAAAUAUAUGUAUAUAAAAAAUAUGGACAUAGAAAUGAAUGAUAUUGAAUAUAAUACCCAUAAAACAAAUAUCAAAAAAGUGGAGCAGUUUCCGGAAAAUCAAUCUAUAAAAGAAGAAGACAAAAAUAUAAAUAAAAAUGUGAAUAAAAAUAUAUACGAGCAAAUGGGUCCAAGAAAAAACAAGCAUAGAUACAGUAUGAAUAAUUUCAACAAAUUUAUUUAUAUAAGAAAUAUAAAAGACAAAAUAGAACAAAAUUGUGUUGUAUAUAAUUUUAAGAGUAACAAAAUAGGAAUACUAAAUAAAGUGCACUUUAAUAUAUCUAGUUAUAAAAAAAAAAAAAAAAAAAUUAAAAAAAUAAACAGCUGUAAUAUAUACAGUGUGGUAUUAAAUAAUUCUACUGAAUGUAAAUUAUCAAAUGAAAAAAAAAAGAAAAUGAACAAGAAGAAGAACAAGAAAAAUAUAAAAUGUAAUAGAAAAAAUAAUAUAGAUCAUGCAAUAGAACACUUUUAUAAUACCAGUCAUAAUUAUUUUUAUGAUAUUUCUAAAAAUUCAAUAUAUGACUAUAGUAGUCAGUUAUAUACGAAAACAAUUAUAAAUUUCAAAAAGGAAGAUAAAGAAAAUUUGGAUGAUAUGUACUCUGUAAAUGUAACAAAUCAUAAUGAUGAAAAAGAAAUCAUAGAUAAAAAAAAUAUCAUAAUGUAUAUAUAUGAAUAUAAUCAAUUAUUAUGUGCUUUAUUAGAAAGUCAAAGAAACAAUUUCUUAGAAUCUAUAUCCGAUAUGAAAAAAAAUUAUGAAAACAUUAGUAAAGAUAAUUUUAAUGAAGCUAAUAAAAUUUUCAAACAACUUAGGUCUUUACAACAAAAAAAUCAAAACUUAAAAAAUGAUAUAAAAAAAAAAAUAAGUACACUUAAUGAAAAAAAUAUUAACAAUGAAAAUUUAAAAAAGGAGCUUCAAAAUCUUGAGCUCAUAAAUAAAAAACUUUCUGAUGAUCAAAAGAGGGAAAUAAAUAAUUAUGAAAUGAAGGCACAAGAAAAAAAAAAAAUCAUAAAAGAAAAACAGCAAAUUGUAAGGGAGUUAAAACAGCAGAUAGCAGAUUUAAAUUUUCACAAACAGGCUGUCUCCAAGUUUAGUUUGAAUCAAGAAACUGCGAAUUCAUCUUUUAUGAUAGCGGAAAAAAUUACGCAAAACAUUAGAUUCAAAAAAUGA